AUGGCCCGCAACCCUUCGCGUCUGCUCCCUCCGUCUCGUAGUCUGCAAUUGACUACUAGUAAACGGCAAUUCGGCACCGGUGCCUCCAUCCUACCCCUCCUCUCCCCGCCCCGAUACAGGCCGCUCCGAUCAUCAUUAAUAUCAUCAACACCAUCAUCUUCCCCUCUCGCGCAUCGCAUUCCCACCUUCGCUACUCCCCUCCGAACCAUCACCACCAGCAGCAACAGCGCCCCCACCAAAAUGACCACAACCAUCGACCCCAAAUACGCCCAACUCUUCCAAUCCUUGGAAUCCCAAUUCCAAACCACCACCCUCCCGCACGACAAAUGGUACAUCCUAGCCAUCUCCACCCUCGUCGCGAACCCCGACCCCGAACGCGCCGAUCAACUCUAUCUCUACCUAACCUCCAAACCCGAAUACUCGACCCCCUCAUCCCGGCAAGACCUCAUCCGCCGCAUCCGCGAAGCCCUCAUCAAAUCCGUGAUCAUAGUCGGGGUAUGCAAACCCAUCGAAGCCAUUCUCGCCAUCAGCAAGCUCGAGGCUCCCGAAGACAAAGACUACACAUUUACACGGGAGAACUGGCAAUGCGACGAGGCGAAUCACGAGCGUGGCGUAGCGUGGUUGGAGAAGCUGUAUGCGCGGAAUACGUCCGGGACGUUGGAUUUGUUUGCGGCGCAUAAGGAUUUCGCGUGGUUGUCGAAGGAGAUCACGUAUGGGUUGUUUUUGAGUGAUCGGGGGGUGUUGGAUGAUUUGGAUACGCAGUUGGUGGUGUUGCCGGCGAUUAUGAGUCAGAAUUUGAAGAUUGAGACGCAUUGGCAUAUUCGGGGGACGAGACGGUUGGGGGUGAGUUUGGAGGAUGUGAGGGUUUUGUGUGAGGGGGUUAAGCAUGUUGCUGGGUUUUAUGGGAGGGUGUUGGAUAAGGUGCCGAGUGUGGAGGAGGUCGAGGGGGAUGUUUGA